AUGGAAGCGCUUGAGUACCGCCUGGAGCAAGGGGAGCUACCCCGACGUGGUCUGUUUCUGGCAUUUGGCCAUGACGAAGAGGUUGCAUGUCGAGACGGUGCAGCUGCGAUUCGACGUGCGCUGCGUGCCAAAGGCAUUCAGAAGGUGGAAUUUAUUUUGGACGAAGGGCUGAUGGUCAUGGAAAAUUUUUUACCUGGAAUACAGAGGCCAGUCGCCUUGGUCGCAGUGACGGAGAAAGGCUCCAUUACAGCUAAGGUGACGGCACGAGGGAUUAGUGGCCACUCAGCGACUCCGCCUGACAACAAUGCAAUUGUUACGCUCUCCAAGGCACUCUCCAAUUUCCAUGGUCACUGUCAACCAGCCUAUACGAGUAGCUCAGUGGUGGCCGAGAUGCUCACUGCCCUUGCCCCAGAGGUACCAUACCACUAUAGGAUGGCAAUGGCCAACAUCUGGCUUUUUGGGCCCGUCAUUAGGUGGUUCAUAUCACGGGACCCGCAUAUGGACCCCAUGAUCCGCACUACUACCACGGUCACUCGCAUUCACGGAGGCAUCAAGGACAACGUGGUUCCAGCCGAGGCCUAUGCCUACAUCAACCACCGAGUGCACCCAUCGCAAUCCGUAGCUGAGGUUGUAGAGCGUGACCAGAAGCUCCUGAGUGGGCUGCCCAAUGUGUCGCUUGAGGCUCUCUAUGCCAUGGAACCGCACCCAGUGUCGCCGCAUAGCCAGAACGACCUGGGGUUUCGUGUCAUAACCUGCAGCAUUCGCAAGAUGUUUCCUGAAGCAGUUCCGGUUCCUGCCCUGUUACUAGCCAACACUGACACGAGGCACUACCUGGACCUCAGCCACAACAUAUACAGGUUCUCACCAGUGCUUCUUACACCGCAAGAGAUGUUAAGCCGUUUCCAUGGUGACAACGAGCGAAUCUCACGUCUUAACUACGAGAGUCUUGUCAACUUCUAUCUUCUCGUUAUGCGUUCUGUUGACUCUGUUAAGAAGUGA